GUCCUUUAACCCAUCUCCUCCACAUAACUCUCUCUCUUUCUCUCCAUUUCGCAGCAUUUGUUCUAAAUCUUGGGAAUGGAUCCCCUGAUAAAACCCUUCUUCUCACUGUUACUCUUCUUUUCAUCUACCCUCCUUUUUGGAGAAAUCAAUGGAGUCGAGGGUUCAAAUCAGCAUCAUCAAUAUCAUGAUCACUUGUACGGUCCAAAGAAGCUGUUUGUGUUCGGAGAUUCUUACGCUGAUACAGGAAACAUAAAGAAGUCUCACGCUGUGUCAUGGAGAGUCCCUUACGGUAUCACUUUCCCCGGUAAACCCUCUGGCCGUUUCUCCGAUGGCCGAGUCUCCACCGAUUUUCUAGCGAGAUUGAUGAGGAUAAAAUCACCAAUCCCUUACCUCUGGAAAGAUUACGCGGGAAACAAACGGUUACGGUACGGAAUGAAUUUCGCGUACGGAGGAACGGGAGUGUUCAACACUCAGAGUUCGAGUCCCAACAUGACCAUUCAGAUCAAUCUCUUCGAGCAUCUCCUCGGCGAUGAUCUCUACUCUCCAUCUGACCUUUCUUCUUCUCUCGCUCUCGUCAGCGUUGCUGGCAACGACUACUCCAAUUAUCUCACACUAAGCCGCUCUAUCGCUGAACUACCAGCAUUCAUAAAGCAAGUGGUGGAUCAAACAGAGGUGAAUUUGAGGCGAAUCCACGCCUUUGGAGUUGAAAAGAUAGCAGUACCAUCGCUGCAGCCGCUCGGAUGCCUCCCUCUAUACGCCUCGUUGCAGGGUUGCAACGACACUUUUAACGCGUUGGUGAACUACCAUAACACCUUGUUGCAGCAAGUAGUGGCCAAGCUCAACAAUGAGACCAACCAUUCUACUUUCAUCAUCUUUGAUUUCUAUAACGCCUUCUUGACCAUCUUCAAGACCAAAGGAGAGAAUUCAGGCGGGAGUAGGAGGUUUGAAACCCCGUUGAAACCGUGUUGCGAAGGAAGUUGUGCGCAUGUGGACGAUAAGGGUGAGAAGAAGUAUAGGUUAUGUGAUGAUCCUAAGUCUGCUUUCUUCUGGGAUGGACUUCACCCUACUCAGCAAGGAUGGGAAUCUGUUUACUCAGUUUUAGGCAAAAACCUGACCGCGUCUUUGAUCAAACCAUAAACCCACUUUUUUCGAUUUUUAGGAUCAAUAACCGAUAUGUGUUUGUGAUUUUAACUUUUCUUCAUCUUAUAGUUGUUAUCGAUCUCUCCAUAUUUUGAGUA